AUGUCAGUGGUAGAUAUGUCUUUGAAGUUAGCUUGUUUAAACCCGAGGGUUUAUUUUGGGGUUGAUGCGGAGGGGUCGAAAGGGGGGUUGUUUAUUUUUUCGUGGAGUAGUUCUGUUAUUAGCUGUGUAGUCUCCACUCGUAAUUAUGUACUUUGUAAAAUUGAAGAAAGUAAUGGAAGUAGUAGGCAUGUCCUUUUCGUUUAUGGGGAUCCAGUUCUUGAUCAUAGGAAAGUAGUAUGGGAUAGAAUGGCAAAUAUUUUAGAAUCUCUUCCAGAAUGUUUGGUUAUUGGGGAUUUUAAUCAGUUGGAUUGUAUGAGUGAUAAGUAUGGUGGUGCGAAUGUUAUUAGGGGAAUUGAUGAUUUUGUAGAUUUUAGGCUAAGGUUGGGUUUGCAGGGAAUAGAAUUUGUGGGACCGAGAUUUACGUGGGCAAAUAAGAGGUAUAACAAUGAUUUGAUUAUGGAAAGAUUGGAUAGGGCAUAUGCUACUUCAGAUUGGAUGGAUAGAUUCCCUGAUGGGAAAAAUUUCAAUGAACCGAUCUCAAGUUCAGAUCAUGCUGCAAUUAUGUAUGACUCUAACCCAAUGGGAGCCAUUUCGAACAGACCAUAUCAAAUUGAAAAAUGGACUUUUAGAUUCAAGGAAGUGGAGAACUUGGUUAUGGCAGCAUGGAAUGAAAGAUAUCAAGGUUCAAGUAUGUUCUCUUUGGCUUGUAGACAAAGGAAUGUUAGGAUGAGUUUGCAAAAAUGGUGUUUGGAGAAUAGGAAAUUUUGGGGUAUAAAUUGGAGAUUGGUCACUAAGUCACUUGAAAAAGCUACAGAAGAAUUGUUGAGUUCGAAUCAAGGGGAUUUGUUCCUCGAUCAGUUAAAUGAAUGGGAAUCUAAGUGUAGAAUAGGAUUCGACUAUUGGAGGCAAAGGGUCAAAGAAAAUUGGGUUAAAGAGGGGGAAUUGGCAAGAUCCUUGUUAUUUAGGAGAGUUAAGGUAAGUAAAGUAAGAAAUGAAAUCUCCUCAAUUAAAAAUGGUGAUGAUAUAUGGGUGGAAGGACAAGAGGAGGUUUCGGGAGUUUUACUGGAUUCUUUAUUGGGGGUUUAUGUGCCGCAAGAAUCUCCAAACCAGGGGGAGGAAAUUGAUUUGAUCCUAAGACAACUGCAUUGCCCAAAAAUAUCACUGUUAGAAUCGGGGAUGAUGGAUGCUCCUAUGUCCGAUGAGGAAAUUAGAAGUGCUAUGUUUGACAUUGGUAAGGACAAAUCUCCAGGCCCGGAUGGUAUGAUCGCUGAAUUCUUUCAUUUGUAUUGGGAUAAAGUAGGGGAAAAGAGGUUACAAAAGGUGCUUCCUUCGUUAAUUUCGGAUUAUCAACAUGCCUUCAUUCCGGGUCGAUACAUUGAGGACAAUAUAUUGCUUAGUCACGAGAUGUUAAAUUUUAUUAACUCGAACAAAAAAGGCGAUGUGGCAGUAAUUAAGCUCGAUAUGUCAAAGGCGUAUGAUAGAGUCAACUGGCUCUUUCUGUUAAAGGUAUUGAAGGGGUAUGGCUUUUCGGAUAGGUGGGUUGGGUUGGUUUCAGAAUGUAUCACUACAGUUACCUAUAAGGCUCUUAUUAAUGGGAGAACGACUAAAAGUUUCAAGCCUAAAUGUGGUCUCCGUCAAGGUGAUCCGCUAUCUCCAUAUUUAUUCUUGUUCUGUAUGGAUAUCUUUUCGCGAAUGCUCAUCCUGGGGGAAAAUAUUGGGCUUUUCAGAGGAAUAAAGAUAAGCCGUCGGGCUCCCUCGAUUAAUCAUUUGUUUUUUGCCGAUGAUGCUAUGAUAUUCUUUAGGGCGAAUGAGAAUUCAUGCAAGAACAUUAUGAAGACCAUUGAGGAUUUUGGAAGAAUUUCGGGCCAACAGUUGAAUUAUAAGAAAACCCAUGUCAAGUUCUCUCCAUAUAUGAAUAAUAACUUGAGGAUGACGCUUAAAACAAUCUUGUCGGUUGGAGAGAGUGGAAAGCUAGGAGUCCAUUUGGGAGCCCCAAUUGACCUAGGCAAAAAGAAAAAGGAAGAUUUUCAGUUUAUCAUUGAUAAAAUACAAAACAAAGUACUUGCAUGGUCGUCUUUGCAUCUUUCUCAAUCUAUGAAGGUGAUCUUGAUCCAAUCGAUUUUGAUUAGUGUGGUGUCACAUGUAAUGAGAUGCAUGAAGGUGCCUGCUUCAGUGACCAACAAGAUAGAUGCCCUAGUAACUCGAUUCUUUUGGGCUGGAAAAGGUAAUAAGGGUAUGCAUUGGAGAUUGGUGCAAAACCCCCAACUGUUAGUUGCAAGAGUCAUUUCCAGUUUUGAUGGCCGUAAUAACAAUGUUCUAGGAGGGGAUAAAGGGAGUGGGAAGGGUGCUUCGUGGGGAAGAAGGGGUUUGUAUAAGGCUCAAAGUAAGUUCCAAGAGGGAUUGGUGUGGAAAAUAGGCACAGGAAACAAAGUACUUGCGUCAAGGAUGGCUUGGGUACAAGGUACGGUCCCGGAGGUCCGUUCCAACCAACUUAUAGGACCGUCUUCAAAAUGGAGAGUAAGUGAGUUUAUUGACAGGGGUUCGUCGGCUUGGAAGUCAGAGCUAGUUCGAAAUAGGUUUGUGUGGAAAGAUGCGUGUGCGAUUUUGGCAAUGGAAGUCCCGAAAGGAGAGAUGGAGGACAUCAGAUAUUGGAAGUAUACCAAGUCGGGGAGGUUUACUUUAAAAUCGGGCUAUGACUUUCUCUUCAAUAAAUAUGCGGAAGACACUCGGAUUUUGGAUGAUAAUGAAUUGGUGGUUCUUCGAAUAAUAUGGAAGAUGAACAUAAUACCAAAGUGGAAAUUGUUCAUAUGGAAAAUCUUUUAUAAUGGGCUAGCUGUCAAGGCAAAUUUGGCGAGGAGAGGAAUGGAUUGUGAUCCUGGGUGUAGUUAUUGUGGAAAUAGGGAGGAGGAUUUAAAUCAUGUGUUGAGACUUUGUUCGGUGGCUCAGUUGAGUUGGACUACGUGUUCUCUUCAUAUUGACCCCUCAGAAAAUGAAUCGUGCACAAUAAAUGAUUGGGUACGGAGAUAUAUCCUGCUUUUUCAUAGCGAGGAUGGGUGGAAUGGAGAUCGAGUUAGGAAAUAUAUUGCUUUACUUUGGUGUUUAUGGAAGAUGAGAAAUUUAAGGUUAUUUAAAGGGGACGGGGGCCAUACAGGGGCUGUCUUAGGAGCAUGGGUUAACCAUUUAAAGGAGGCGGAGAUACAUUUGGAAAGAAACAUAAAGUCUCAUACUGAUGGGCCUUUAGAACCCCCAGGAUUCAACAUGGUGCAUAUAGGACAAGAAAAGGUGUUUCAUAAUGAAUUUAUUUUGCAGGUUGAUGGAUCAUGGGAUAAAAAGACAGGGAAAGCAGGAUGGGGUAUGACGGUGUCCAGUAAUUAUGAGUUGGAGGAAGUGGCAGGACAUUAUGGCAGGGCGGUCUCUUCAGAUCAUGCAGAAGCAAAAGCGUGUCUUCUGGGUCUAACUUGGGCCUCAGAAAAGCGGAUUGAGCGACUGCGAAUUGAUACUGAUUCGUCUGCUUUGGUUUCUAAUCUUCGCGCAACCAAGAUGGUAGACAUAGCAAUUAUGGGAAUCAUUGCGGAAAUCAAAGCUGUAGGCUCUACUUUCAGGCAAUGUACUAUACUCAAAGUUCCAAGGGUAGAGGUGACAAAGGCCCAUAAUGUGGCGACAAGAUGUAGAGCUCUAGGUAUUUCGUAUGUUUAA